AUGUUACACUUUUCUUCCUAUGGCCCUAUUUGGAGACCCGUUCAGGUCAAGUCUCUCCUCGUAUGGCUCGUCUUGGAGGUGGUUUCUUCUGAAACUCUCGCCCAGAGGGGAGAACACGUCAGCGACAGAAACAUUAGACUUCAUCAAAAUGAUGAUGAUGAGUGGCAGAAAUUUCUUGAUAUGCUUGGCACUCCCGAUGGUAUUGAAAAGGCCAGGAACUCUAGCAGAGUCAUCAAUCAAAUCAUCAAGAAGGUCAAUUCCAAGGCUAUAAUCCAUGAACCAGCUCCCGGAGAUGUCGUGCCUUCUGGAUCAGAUGUCUGGAGCCCCGAAACUCGAUGGAGAAGGGUCUCUGAGUCUCAUCCAGAUGGAGUAGUCUCCACUUUGCCAGGCCGUUCCCUCAGGUGGAAGGACGUCUCCUACAUCAGCUUGCCCAUGGUGUGUGUGCUUUGUGGGGUAGCAUAUCCUGCCGUGAUUGUCGGUAGCCUUUUGGGUUUGACAGUGCUCGUAAGCAUGUGCCUCAAAGUCGAGCAGCAGUACCAGAAGAGUGGGGAUGCAGAGGCAGAGGAGCCGCAUGUCUCCGCAGAGGAUGCAGAGCGGCAAGGUGUGUUGCAGCCUUUCAUCGACAAGCUGCCAAUUCUCCCAAAGCACAAGCUGACACCCACAUCCAGGAGAAUUUAUGUCGUUUGGGCCACCUUUUGCUGUGCUGUGCCCUCCAUCAUGGUCUUCGGCACCCCUUUGCUUAUGACAAUCCUGGCGCGACCCUUUCCACAAGAGGUGCUAGCCGCUUUAACUCUUUUGACUUCGGCCUUUGUGUUCUCCAACACGCUGUACAUGUCAGUCUUUGCUUGCUUCGGCCUCUGCCGCAUGCAUGCACAAUCCAAAGUGGAACCCUUGGAUUUCGCCGUGGAUGAUCCAUCCGGUGAACAAAGGAGGCAAAGGCUUAGCGCAGCCGAUGUCCGGCACUGGGUCGUUUUGCCACAGUAUAAAGAGGACGUGGAGAUUGUCCAUAUGUGUUUGGAAUCCGUCGCCCAAAGCACCUACGCCAAGAGCUCAAUUGGCAUUGUGCUGGCAAUGGAAGAGCGCGAGGAGAAUGCGCAAGGAAAAGCGAAGAAGAUCAUCCAGGAAUUUCAGCACAAGUUCUCAGAGCCUUGCAUGAUUGAUCCUGCACUGUUUUCGGAUUUGAGCCGAUUGCUCCAGCAAAAGAGGGAUGAGGUGUUUGCUGUGGUGCAGGGGGAUAUGAAGGCGUUCUAUCAUCCCGGGAAUCUCCCAAACGACCCACCUGGCAAAGCAAGCAACGUUGCAUAUGCUUUCAGACAGCUCUACGCGGAGGUGAGCGACUGCGACAACGUAGUUCUUACCAUCGCGGAUGCAGAUUCUGAGUUUGGUGCUGGUUACUUUGAAAGCCUGUCAUGCCAGUUUGCAGCAAGCCAAUCGCGGUACAAAAUCUGGCAAUCCCCGGUGUUUCACAUGAAAAACUAUCACCGUCAACCUGCACCAGUGGUGGUGGGAACUAUGUUUACCUCGAUGCAAGAGCUUUCUGGACUCACAGACCCCAACGCCGUGCGAUUCCCCUACUCAACAUACUCGUUGCCAAUGACACUGGCACGAGAUGUUGGAGGUUGGGAUGUUGAGUGGAUCGCGGAGGACUACCACAUGGGUAUCAAGUGUUUCUUAAUGACUUUGGGGAAGACUUCUGUGGAGCCCAUCAUGAGCCCUGUGAUCAACUACGUUCCAGAAAAAACGGAUGAUGUCACCAAAGAGACAGCUUGGUGGGGAACUUGCAUGGCGCGUUGGACGCAGCUACAAAGACAUGCCCUUGGGUUCUCAGACUUUUCGUACUACUUCAUGAUGCUUCCCUUGGUCUUCAGCUUCUCGACUUCUAGCAGCAGCCGUGAUGAUGAAGGACUCCGUGGCUUUUGGCGCAUGCUAUUCUGUGGGACCACUCUCCUGGUUCGCUUGGUCAACGUUCACGUGCUGAUCGGUGUGCUGUCCACUUACGGUGCCAUGGAGUUCUCACUGAGAGUGCUCAUGCAAGUCUUUUUUGGUGACAGCCGGUCGCAGGAUGUAGAAAUCUUGCUCGGCCAUGUGGGUUUGUUUCCCCGUUAUUUGAUGUUGGUGACCGUGAUUUGCACAUUGGCCGUGGCGGUCGUCUUCUUUACGUCUUACAACUGGCUCUUGAAACCUCGCAUAGAGGGAGAACACAAUUUGCCGCCCCUACUGCACUUCACAAAGAACGUGGCAAGCCUAGCCUGGGCAUCGCCCAUAUAUUUCUUGGCGAUGGGCUGGGCAAUUUGGCGUGCUGCAGUUCUAGUGCUUACUCAGCGAUCCUUCGAGUAUCACGUUGCGCCGAAACCCAAACAGGAGGUCCGCCGGCAAAGAGCAUUUGGAUGCAGUUCUGGCGAACUGUGCUAA